AUGGCUUCCACAUCUAUCUGCCGAUUGUCACAUUUGUCAAGAGUUGCUGCUCGUUCUUCUUCCCUCUCGCUUCAACACUCCAAGAGAGUAGCUGCCGUACGAUCCUUCUCCCGAUCGAUAGCUGUUGGUGAGGACGAUCUCCCAUAUCACUUGGUGGUCGGAAUGCCAGCUCUAUCGCCAACAAUGGAAACGGGAGUUCUGGCUGAGUGGUACGUUUCAGAAGGGUCCGAAUUUUCUGCAGGGGAGCCUCUUGCCAAAAUUGAAACGGACAAAGCCUCCAUGGACUUUGAAGCUCAAGACGAAGGUUUUGUUGCCAAGAUUCUCAUGGACGCUGGAGGAGAUGAUAUUGCCGUUGGAACUCCAAUCAUGGUCACAGUCGAAGAGUCAGAUGAUAUUGCAGCGUUUGCUAAUUUCGUAGCAGAGGUACCUGCCGCUCCUACUCCUGUCGAAGAACCAGCCGCCCCAGUAGUCGAAGCUACUCCUCCACCCCCACCAGCAGCUCCUGUUGCACCUCCAGCUCCGAUUGCUGAGCCCGAAGCUGCCGCGGCGCCAGAAAUAGAUGAACUAGUGGCUGCUGUCGCUCCAGUAAUGAGUACCGGUUGGGGAGACUUCGCUAAGAUCAACUCGCCAAUCUCGAAGACGUUGUCCCGAGGUCAAAAGGAAUACAUUGAAAAGUACGGGACCACUGGACAAGUGCCACUCUAA